AGGUGCUCGUUUUCUUUGCAGCAAUGUUGGCUGCCUCCCUCUACCACCUGGGAAUGCUGCUAGGCGCUGCGACAGUUACCUCCGCUGCGACUGCGUGGUCUUACAAUGUCUCUAGUUGCCCAGGGUACACACUGGAUUCUCUGCAGACAACUCAACACGGCCUCACGGCCUCACUAAACCUGGCUGGAGAUGCGUGCAACGCAUUCUCGAGUGAUAUCGCAAAUCUGACCGUCGAGGUCACGUACGAGUCUCAAUCUAGGCUUCACGUCCAUAUAUACGACACUGCAUCGCAGCAAUUCACUCUUCCGCAAGCUUACUUUGAGACCCGCUCCUCGCCUCCAACCUCGACAUCCCCAACGUUCGUCAAUUCCUCGGACCUCGAGUUCAACUACGAUUCUACUCCUUUCGCCUUCUGGAUCACCCGCCGUUCGGAUCCAGGCUCAGCUCCUCUCUUCGACACUCGGAUCUCCUCGCUACCUCCCACCCCAAUUGCCGCAUUUGUAAACUCCCCUGCAGAUGGUUCCAGCACUGGCUUCGAUGGGUUCCCCCUCGUGUUUGAGGACCAGUACCUCCAGCUGACGUCCGCACUUCCACUGGAUGCAAAUAUCUAUGGCCUCGGUGAAGUCGUGUCCAGUAGUGGGUUCAGGAGAGAUGUGAACGUGAAUGGUACGCUGCAGACAUCUUGGGCUCGCGAUGACGCGGACCCGGUGAACCUGAACGUCUACGGUUCGCAUACCGUGUAUAUGGAACAUCGAUUCAAUGAAACCACAAACACUUCGCAGUCCCAUGGAGUUUUCUUAUCAAGUGCCGCUGGAUCCGACGUCCUGCUCGCCUCGCCGCCUUCCUCAAACUCCUCUCUCAUCCAGUAUCGCAUGCUUGGCGGAACACUUGAUUUAUACUUUCUUUCGGGGCCUGAUCCUAAGUCUGUCAUUGAACAGUAUAGCGACGUCGUGGGAAAGCCGGCUUGGCAACCUAUGUGGGGUUUUGGCUUUCAUCUCUGCCGGUGGGGAUACACGAACCUGUCUGAGGUGCAAGAGCAAGUUGAAAACAUGCGAGCUGCGAAUGUACCUCUUGAGACUAUGUGGAAUGAUAUCGACGUUUAUCACUCCCUCCGUGAUUUCACCUCUGAUCCAAUCAGCUACCCUGGCGAUCAAAUGAGAGACUUCAUCCGAAAUCUGAGCGCCAACGGCCAACAUUACAUCCCCAUUCUUGACGCAGCCAUCAAUCAUGCCGCAAACGACACAGACGUUUAUUAUCCGUUCUCAGUCGGAGUAGAGAAAGAUAUCUUCAUCAAGAACCCGGAUGGCUCCCUAUAUAUAGGCCAAGUGUGGCCCGGGUAUACAGUAUUCCCUGACUGGUUCGCCAACAACACCGAGGAAGUGUGGAUGCAGGCUCUCGCCAACUGGUCGUUGGGUGGCGUCGAAUACUCCGGUUUGUGGUUGGACAUGAACGAAGUCAGUUCAUUUUGCGUUGGCUCGUGUGGGACUGGUGCGAACCUCUCGAAUACGUCUGUUCCUGUCUCGCUGCCCGGAGACCCUGACAGCCCAGUAGUUGACUAUCCGGAAGGAUACAACUCCACGAUCUCAGGACCUAGCGGUAAUCUGACCGUCAACGGAACAUUGACCUACGGCGCCGGAGCCGAACCAUUCGCUGAGCCUAUCAGACGGUUUACCGUCUCGAAACGUGGAUUAGGAGAGGCGAACGAGACCAAUGUUGACCUGAAUAAUCCACCGUACACUAUCCACAACGGCUUCCAAGGACUCUCGAACCAUACCAUCGCUACCAACGCGACCCAUGCCAGUGGUUACGUCGAAUUGGACACUCAUAAUAUGUGGGGAUAUAUGGAAGAACGAGCGACGAACCUUGCGCUUAGACAGAUUCACCCUGGCCAGAGACCCUUCAUGAUUAGUCGGUCAUCCUUCCCUAGUUCUGGGUCUUGGACGGGGCACUGGCUCGGCGAUAAUUACAGCAAGUGGGCAUACUUGCAGUACAGUAUCUCAGGCGUUCUCCAGUUCCAGCUAUUCCAAAUCCCUAUGGUCGGGGCGGACACUUGUGGCUUUAUUGGCAACACUGAUGAAGAGCUGUGCAACCGCUGGAUGCAGGCCUCAGCGUUCGUUCCCUUCUACCGCAACCACAACCAGCGCGGUGCCCUUUCUCAGGAGCCGUAUCGAUGGGACAGUGUCGCUGAAGCCAGCCGUACCGCGAUGGCAAUUCGAUAUUCCCUACUACCAUACUGGUACACCUUAUUCGCGAAUGCGUCCAUGUUUGGGACGCCACCUGUACGGGCUUUGUUCUAUGAGUUCCCGAACGAGCCAGAGCUCUUCAGCGUCUCCCUGCAAUGGAUGAUUGGAAGCGACAUCUUGGUCACCCCGGUGACAACUCCCAACGUCUCUACUGUUGACGGCAUAUUCCCUGGUCGUGGAUCCGAAACCUGGCGCGACUGGUAUACUCACGAAGCCGUGAACGCCACAUCGGGUGGCACCACCACUCUUUCAGCGCCAUUGGGCCACAUCCCGGUUCACAUCCGUUCCGGAGCCGCCAUCCUUCUUCACUCCCAACCGGGAUACACAACGAACGAGACCCUUCAAUCUCCUUACUCCCUCUUGGUCUCACUUUCCUCUGAUGGAUCGGCAUCUGGAUCCGCGUACAUUGACGACGGAAUCACACUACCCACUGGAAACAUCACGGUAUCGAAUCGGACGCUCGCAUUCUCAGUCGGCGAUGGACACUUGAGUAUAACCAGCCAGGGUGAUUGGCAGGUCGCGCAAAAAAUGGACAUCUUGACCGUUCUAGGAGUGCAGACUCAACCAAUUGUGGUCAGCAUCGGUGGCGUUAACUUGACGAGCGGAUUCACGUAUGACAGUGGGGUGCAGAGGUUAAAUGUGACGGAAAUGGGGGUGGAUUUGAAUGCUGAGGGCCCAACAGUCGUCGCUUGGAGUUGAAGAGAAAUAGGAGAGCGUCACUGUCUGGGUUCUUCGUGACCUGAAGCAAAAUCCUUGCUCGUUUUCUUUAUUUUAUCGCUCUUGGUUUCCGAUCUUCAGGCACUCUAUCCAUUAACUUGCCGAUCCAAUGCGAUCUUCGAAGACCGAUGUGGUACUCUACUUCGAUGUCUGACU